AACGCUCCAUCUCUCUCUGCGCUUCGAUCCUGUGUUUCUCUCUUAUGGCGUCUAGGACAGCGAUUUCUGUCCAGCCGGGGAGGUUUAGGGUUUUGAAAGAAGGAAGGAGACGCUCUGAUGGCGCAGUAGGACCCGUGGUUUACUGGAUGUUCAGAGAUCAACGGUUGAGGGACAACUGGGCUCUGAUCCACGCCGUCGACCAGGCGAACCGCGCGAAUGUGCCCGUCGCGGUGGCCUUCAAUCUGUUUGAUCAGUUUCUGGGUGCGAAAGCGAGGCAGCUGGGAUUUAUGCUCCGAGGAUUGAAGCAGCUGCACCGAGAGAUUGAGGAGAAUCUUCGGAUCCCCUUCUUCUUGUUUCAGGGCGAUGCCGAUGAGACUAUUCCAAAGUUCCUUAAAGAAUGUGGGGCUUCACUUUUGGUUACAGAUUUUUCACCCUUGAGAAAAAUUCGCCGGUGUAAGGAGGAAAUCUGUGAGAGAGUCGAUGAUUCAGUGACUGUACAUGAAGUUGAUGCGCAUAAUAUUGUACCUGCUUGGGUGGCAUCACAGAAGUUGGAAUACAGUGCUAGAACAAUUAGGGGAAAGAUUAAUAAAAUGCUUCCAGAGUAUCUGAUUGAUUUCCCUACCCUGCAACCAUCAAGUAGAAGAUGGGAUGACACCAAUCGAUCAAUUGAUUGGGACACUCUUAUUGCAGAUAUCCUGAGGAAAGGAGCCGAAGUUCCUGAACUCGGUUGGUGUAAGCCUGGGGAAAGUGCUGCACUGGAUGUAUUGAUGGGAAGUGAAAAUGGUUUUCUGACAAAAAGAUUGAGAAAUUAUAAUGCAGACCGAAAUAAUCCAUUGAAACCCAAGGGGCUUUCUGGACUUUCUCCAUAUUUGCAUUUUGGCCAGAUAUCUGCCCAACGCUGUGCUCUAGAGGCACAUAAAGUGCGGAAAAGCUAUCUUCAGGCAGUAGAUGCAUUCUUGGAGGAGUUGAUUGUGAGGAGAGAACUUGCUGACAACUAUUGUUUCUAUCAGCCUCAUUAUGAUUCAUUAAAGGGGGCAUGGGAGUGGGCAAGGAAGACAUUGAUGGAUCAUGCCUCUGACAAGCGAGAGCCUUUCUACACGAGGGAGCAGUUGGAGAAAGCUCUAACAGCUGAUCCACUUUGGAAUGCCUCUCAGCUUGAGAUGGUGUACCAUGGGAAAAUGCAUGGUUUCAUGAGAAUGUACUGGGCCAAAAAGAUUCUUGAGUGGACAAAAGGACCUGAAGAAGCACUUGAAACAGCCAUAUACUUGAAUGACAAGUAUGAAAUAGACGGACGGGAUCCCUGUGGUUAUGUGGGAUGUAUGUGGUCAAUAUGUGGUGUUCAUGACCAGGGUUGGCGAGAGAGACUGAUAUUUGGGAAAAUAAGAUACAUGAACUAUGCGGGGUGCAAGAGGAAAUUCGAUGUCGAUGGAUACGUUGCUUAUGUCAAGAAGCUGGUUGGCGAAGUGAAGAAAAGAAAGGCAGAAACCGAUUUAGAUAGAAAGCCAAAAAUCUCUGCAGCUAAUAUUUAUCUGUGAUUCUCAUUGUGUUUAGUAGUCCAGUAUCUCAGCUAAGUUUGUUUCUUAGGAUGCUCUGAUUGGAGAAAAAUAGGCUAGAUGAUUGUUUUUUUUUUUUUUUUGUGAACUUGGAGAGUCUCACCGGUUUAGGAUAUGGUGUAGUGAAUGAAGAUUAAGGCAGGAUCAUUCCUCAGGAUUUUCUUGAUCUUGACAUUGUUGUAUUACUAGCACUGGUUAGUAACCACCUUAUUGGGUAAAAUGUUAACCAUAUGAUUCUUACAUUGACAGGAAGUUAUGCGGCAAAGAGCUUUCUGCA